AGAAAAUGAGUGUUACGGCGCAAUGUCCAAUAUUGCGUUCUCGAAUAUGGCGAUAGUUGUGAAUUUACGUGUUGUGAUAAGUGCUACCUUGUGACUUAAUAUGUUCGAAAAUGGAUAGUAAAGCAAUUAUUUAUACAAAGAAAGUGUGAUAAUAGUGUAAAAUACAUAUUUGUUGUAAAUUUUAGUGAAACAAAACGAAAAUGUCUACAGACAAAAUUAAAGUUGCAGUUCGGCUCCGUCCUUUUAACAGAAGAGAACUAGAAAUGAGGGCUCAAAGUGUGGUAGAAAUUGAGAUGGACCAAACAAUCAUCCAUCAACCUACUACAUUAGACAAAAUGGACAGAAAGCAACCCAAGGCUUUCGCUUUCGACCAUUGCUUUUGUUCAGUGGAUCCCAGUAAAAAGGACUUCGCUUCGCAGGAGGUUGUUUUUGAUUGUUUGGGAAGAGACAUCCUUGAUAAUGCCUUUCAGGGAUACAACGCUUGUAUUUUCGCUUAUGGCCAAACAGGAUCCGGGAAAUCGUACACCAUGAUGGGUUCACAAGACAGCAAAGGAAUUAUCCCAAGGCUGUGUGAUUCGUUGUUUGGCCUAAUAGCAAAACAACAAAGUUCUCAAUUAUCAUACAAAGUUGAAGUUAGUUAUAUGGAAAUCUACAAUGAAAAGGUACACGAUCUCUUGGAUCCACAAACAAAUAAGCAGUCACUGAAAGUGAGGGAACAUAAUGUCCUUGGCCCCUAUGUUGAUGGAUUGUCGCAACUCGCUGUAACAGCAUUUCAGGACAUCGACAACUUAAUGGCGGAGGGCAACAAAUCCAGAACUGUUGCAGCAACAAAUAUGAAUAGCGAAUCAUCUAGAUCUCAUGCAGUAUUUACUGUAAUCCUAACCCAAACACUUACAGACCAUAAAACUGGUGUAACUGGGGAGAAAGUUAGUAGAAUGUCGUUAGUAGAUUUAGCAGGUUCUGAGAGGGCUGUGAAAACAGGAGCGGUUGGGGAAAGGCUCAAAGAAGGCUCUAAUAUUAAUAAGUCGUUAACGACAUUAGGUCUAGUCAUUUCAAAAUUAGCGGAUCAAUCGUCUGGCAAAAAUAAGGAUAAUAGAUUCGUGCCAUAUAGAGAUUCCGUUUUAACAUGGUUACUAAAAGAUAACUUAGGAGGGAACAGUAAAACAGUGAUGGUUGCUACUAUAUCUCCGGCAGCUGAUAAUUACGAAGAAACCUUAUCUACUCUAAGAUACGCCGAUAGAGCAAAGAGAAUCGUCAACCAUGCUGUUGUAAACGAAGAUCCAAACGCUAGGAUUAUUAGAGAAUUGACCCAAGAAGUCGAAGCUUUGAGGGAAAUGCUGAAACAUGCAACCGGCUCUCCUGUUGGCGACGUCCAAAGAGUAGAUAUCCAUCAAAAGUUAAGCGAGAGCGAAAAAUUGUACAAAGAAAUGUCUCAAACUUGGGAGGAGAAGUUAAUGAAGACGGAACGAAUACAAAACGAACGGCAGCAAGCUUUAGAAAAAAUGGGCAUUAGCGUACAAGACUCGGGUAUAAAAGUAGAAAAGAAUAAAUAUUAUCUAGUUAACUUAAAUGCUGAUCCCUACUUAAACGAAUUAUUAGUAUAUUAUUUAAAAGAUGUAACCGUAGUAGGUGCUAGUAAUAAUAGUUCCGGAAUGGAACCCGAUAUCCAACUCUCGGGUUUAGGUAUACAACCUGAACACUGUAUUAUAACAAUUGAAGAUAACGGAUUGUUUCUGGAACCCCUUGCCAAUGCCAGGUCUUGCGUAAACGGAUCUCCAGUUAGUGAAAAAACCCAAUUACGGCACGGUGAUAGAAUCGUAUGGGGUAAUCAUCAUUACUUUAGAGUUAACUGUCCAAGAUCAAUAUCUGCUUCGGAACCUCAAACUCCAGCACAAAACAUCGAUUACAAUUUUGCUAGGGACGAGCUGAUGACAAAUGAACUAAGUAACGAUCCAAUACAAACAGCUAUAGCACGUCUCGAGAAACAACACGAAGAAGAUAAACAAGUGGCUCUGGAGAAGCAGCGCGUUGAAUACGAAAGGCAGUUCCAGCAGUUACGCAACAUGGUCUCACCCUCAACACCGUACUCCCCUUAUUCCUACGAUCCCCUUAGAGUCGGUUUAAGCAAAACAGCCCCAUGCACGCCCACGACACAAAUGAAAGUGGAGAGGUGGGCGCAUGAGACAGACGAGAUGUUUAGGAGAAGUAUAUGUCAAUUAAAAGAGGAUAUACUGAGGGCUAAUUCAUUAGUGAAAGAAGCCAAUUGCCUUGCCGACGACAUGGGACGACAAACCAAGUUCAGCGUUACCUUACAGAUUCCCCCAGCUAAUUUAAGUCCAAAUAGGAAAAAAGGUGCUUUUGUUAGUGAACCAGCGAUUUUAGUUAAACGAAAUACUUCUAGUCAGGUGUGGUCGAUGGAGAAAUUAGAAAAUAAGAUUAUAGAUAUGAGAGAAUUUUACGAGGAACAUAGAGAUAUAGAAAAUGAUCAUGAAAAUAAUAAUGAAGUGAAAGCGUCUGACCCAUUUUUCGAAUCCCAAGAGGAACAUAACUUAAUAGGAGUAGCUAAUGUAUUUCUUGAAUGUUUGUUUCACGACGUUUCUUUAGAUUACCAUACGCCUAUUAUAAGUCAACAAGGGGAAGUAGCAGGUAGAUUACAAGUCGAAUUAAGUAGGAUAGCUGGGAAUUUUCCCCAAGAUAGAAUGUGUGAAGCUGCAUCGGACAAUUCAUCUGAAUGCAGCCACGAAGAUGAUGAACCAGUAGCAAGUUCACAAGUCACAAUACGCGUCAGUAUCAAACAAGCCUCAGGUUUACCGUUGUCUCUUGCUAAUUUCGUAUUUUGUCAGUAUUCGUUUUGGGGACACCCAGAAGCCGUUGUAGUACCUGAUACUGCUGAUCCCAAUACAAGUGGUCAGCCAACCACAGUCAAAUUUGAUCACUCACAAGACUUUAUAGUGAACCUUUCUGAGGAAUUCGUAGACCUCUGUACGGAAGGAGGGGCGCUUUCAAUUGAAGUGUGGGGCAACAGAAGUUCCGGCUUCUCAAAAUACAAACCUGGAUGGGAGGUAGUAGAACAACAACUAGCCACAGCUAGAUCUUUGUUGGAUAGAUGGUCGGAAUUGACGAGGAAAAUAGAAUUGUGGGUGGAAAUUCAGGAAUUAAACGAUCAAGGCGAAUACGGUGCCGUGGAAGUGGCUAUGAGACAAGAUAUGCUAACAGGUGGUAUUUAUCAAUUAAGACAGGGUCAACAACGAAGAAUCCAAGUAAGAGUUAAACCGGUUCAAAACUCUGGAACACUGCCCAUAAUUUGCCAGGAAAUUAUUAAAAUUGAAGUAGGUGGUGUAAUUGUGAGAAGCAGAUUACAAAAACCCUUAGACUCAUAUCAAGAGGAAGACUUAACUGUACUUAGAGAAAAGUGGAGCGACGCCUUGCAAAAGAGAAGACAAUAUUUGAACCAGCAGCUACAAAACCUUUCCGAAAAAAUCGAUAAAACCGAACAAGAUACAGAAAGAGAAAAGAGUUUAAUAGACCAGUUAGUUAAUUUAACCGAGGAAAGUAAUGCUGUGUACGUACCACAACCGGGUACUGGUAUACCAGGAGCACCAGCCAUGUGGAGUCCACCAUCUGGGAUGGAACCCCACGUGCCUGUCCUUUUCCUUGACUUAAACGCUGAUGAUUUAUCUACAAAUCCUGCUGGGGAAGAAGUGACAAUUGCAGGUGUAAAUUCCAUUUUACCGAAGGAAGAUGGAAAGGAAUUCUACAGUUUGCGGAUCUUAAGCCACUUGGAGAAAGACGUCUGCGCAAUAGCCGGUUGGGAUUCAUCAAUCCAUGACAGUCCAAAUUUAAAUAAAGUCACAGAAGCCAAUGAAAGGGUAUACAUGAUUCUACGCGUGACAGUACGUCUUUCUCAUCCAGCUCCGAUGGAUCUCGUUCUUAGGAAAAGAUUAGCAAUAAACGUUUACAAACGUCAAAAAUUCACAGACAUAAUCAAAAACCAGAUAAAAUCAAAAAUAGUCCGUACCGAUAUGGUCACGUCAUCCGGUGUUACAUAUUUAGUAGUGUCAAAUGUACCUAAAGCUAGCGAAGAGUUGGAGGGUAGAGAAAGUUUAGCACAAUUAGCAGCUUCCGGUGAAAAUUCCUCUAUGUGCGAUGGAGAAACCUAUAUCGAAAAAUACACUCGUGGAGUAAGUGCCGUAGAAAGUAUUUUGACCCUCGAUAGAUUAAGGCAAAGCGUUGCUGUUAAAGAAUUGUUACAAGCAAGAGGGCAGCCACUUAUGAGGAAGACAGUCAGUGUACCUAACUUCUCUCAGACUUUGGAAAACAAAAAUGGGUUAAUGAGACUAGAUCACAGCAGUGAAUCCCUGCACAUGUCCAGAUCAGAGAGCGUAUCAGAACUGACCAGCGAAUUAGGUUUAGGACCUUUAAGAUCUCGUUCUUCGUUUGGAAAGGAAGCAGAGACAACACCAACAAAAUAUGGUGGACUAGCACGGCCCACGUUCUUAAACCUCAACUUAAACUUGAAUUCGCUGAGAUUACAACAGCCAACAGCAGCAACGAAACUUUUCCCUGGAAUGGUAUCACCAGCAAACGCCAAAUUGGGACUGAGAAUGACAACAUUACACGAGGAACCAACCAAAGCAUUGCCUCGAAAACACUCAUUCGAUCUGUUAAUGGAUGAUCCAAUAGAGGAACAAGACGAAGGAUAUACUGGGAAAAUCGAAACACACUAUGUACAAAGGAAGAAGACUCACGCCAAAAAAUGUUUACCAAUGUCGCGUACGUUGGACUCUCUAACAGAAUUUGCUCCCAAACCCAAUACACCUUCUUCAAGCUCAAGCGGAUAUGGAUCACAGGCUGUUUCAACAACAAAUCUAUGCGAUGACGCGUUGUCCCUGAAGAGUUUAAGCGUUGACGAAACGCCAGACCUUGAAUGUCAAGUGAAUAAUUAUUUGGAACCGGUAACAGAGAUAACGGAUGUUUCUAAGGAAACUGAGUGUCUGUCUAAUGAAGAAGACCAGGGAUUUCCGCACAACGAUGAGAGUUCAGAUGACGUGGUUAACGGUGUAGACAGCGAUUCAAAUCAAAAUCAAACUGGAAGUGACCUUAACGAUUCAAGCUCUUUAGUAAAAACGAACUUAUCUCCUGGUCGAGUUGUUAGAAGGAAAAAACAAAGCACAAGAAGCCACACUCAAAGGGCAUCUUUCCCACAAAUUCGACCGCUGAUGUCGGAAAGCAGAUCGGCACAUAAUUUGAGCAUCAAGAAUAAUUUAAUACUGUCUAACGAAGAAGACAGUAUGGACAGUUCCACAGAUCGUUUAGAAGAUGAUCAAGAAAACAGUUUUGGUUCCCGCCCCGAUUUAUCAAAAUUCCACGAUGUUCCCGUCCCUGAUUGGGUAGUAUUAGGAGAAAGUGUUCUUAUUAAACGUUAUAAUUCGCCAGGAGUUGUAGCUUACAUUGGAGAAACUGAAUUUUCGACUGGCACUUGGAUUGGAGUGGAACUCGAUGCUCCAAAAGGUAAAAAUGAUGGCAGUAUAAAAGGCGUCCGUUACUUCAGCUGCAAACCACAACACGGCAUGUUCGUGAGGGCAGACAAAUUACGGUUUGACCCAAGAGGACGAGCCAUGAGGCUUGACAAAGCUGAAGCCCUUGCCAACAGUAGUAAAUGUUCUUUAAGUAAAGAAUCACUGUCUCGGUCUCGAUCUAGAGGGAAUGGUUUGAAUACAGCCGGCACUAGAGUCAGUUCGAAGGCAAAAUAGAAAAAGAAACAGAAGACAUUUUCAAGCAUCUCUUCAUUAGUCCACCCUAUUUAUUGCCAUUUUGCCGUGUUUAACGACACAAACAGUGUGCCGUCCAUUUACAUGGCGUAGUGUUAUUUAUCCUUGCCAUUUCAUAUAUACCUACAUAGUGUCUCACUGUACAGGGUCAUCUAUUAAAUUGUCACGUCGGAUUAAAAUAAAAAUGGAUAUCUGGACUGGUAUUGUACUUAAAAGUAACAAGUCCAAAUACAUCCGUAUUUAGUAUUUGAAACUUUAAAGUACUUGUGUAAUUAUCCAGCUCCUUUUUUAGAGUAAUAAAAGAAAAGUUGUUGGUAAUAAAUAGAUGACUAGUACGCGUAUUUGGUUGCACUUUUAAAGAGCGAGCACUCUGCUUGGUAUUUUUAUCAUUUGUCUAGUAAAUUCUAAACGUAAAUGCCUUCAUGCAUUGGAAGUUACAGCGAGAUUAAGUAUAUUUUUUGAAAAAUACAAAAAGAUAUAAUUUUAUACCCAAUCCUCUCGCUGUAGCAUUAUGAAUCAUGAAUCGUUUCUUUUUUAUAUAAUUGAAGCUCUGUUGCACAUCGGGUGUAUCUAAGUUCAGCCAAAUAUCUACCUCCUGUGUGUGGUCCAGAACCUGAAAAAUCAAUCUUCGGGUUUAAUGAUUGUCUUAUACAUCUUAGCAAUUUUUUCGCCUUAUAACUUAAAAAGGAAACUGCGCAAAAUAUAGUGCUAUGCUAUGGAUGCUACCACAUAAAUACAAUAGACAUACUCAUGCUAAUAAUUAUAAUAUAUAUAAAAAUAUUUUUUAUAGUUAUUUUGUGUCUAUCUUUCGUGGUAGCUCUAUUUAUAAAUACAGAAGAAAGCCAUUCAACAACUUAACUAUUUUUUCAUAUAAAUAGUAGCCAAAAUUAUUUUAUCACAUAGUCGCUGGUUCAUCAGGAAAUUAGGUUUAAUGAUAAACACACGCCACUUAAUAAGUUUCUAUGGACUAAAGAAUUUUCUAGCAGCUGAUUCAGUUCAGCUCUACGUAUAAUAAAACAUUUUACCAUAACAAAAUUUAAAACUCACUUGUCCGCCCAGAUAUAUGUAUCUCCGUCCGUUCUAAACUUUUUAAGUCCUUUGCCAGGAUCGGAGACUUGUCUCCUCUUUAACUUUCAAUUCCCCUUAAAGCCACCAAUGCCGCAUCGGUGUGAAAGACGCCAUGGUUAACAUGUACUAGAAUCUAAGAAAUUUUAUAAUUUUUGUUUCCAAGUAAAGGGUAGUCAAGUGACAGUCUGUAAUGAUUCAGAUACGCUAUAUACUUUCCUUCUAACCUCAAAGCGUCAUGCAUACACUUAUUAACCUUCAAGCAACCUUCAUUACGUGACCGCUUUGGUAAAACUCACUUCCGUUGCCAAGAAUCUAUUUUUUUAGUUUAUUAUCAUUAUCACUUUCAAUUUUAUAAUUUAAACAUGACAUGUCAUCCGUUCCUUCUUUACAUUGUAUAACCUUAUCUCUUUCUAGUUAUUCAUAUAAUGAAGGGAUAACAUCAAUGAAAGAUCCCACAGAGUCCUAACUCUUGAAUUUUCUGUACCCGGAUUGGCUCAAAUGAAAAUGACAAUCUUUAAUUAUAUAUUCAGAAAAUUUAAUUACAGCUUCAAAAUUCGUAGUGGUGGUUUUGGGUGAAAAAUCAAAAUUGAGCUUAAAACAUUGUAACUUUGUAUAUAUAAUAAAUAGCGAAAUAUAAAUUAAUUACAUCUAAAAAAGAAGAUUGUACUUUGAAAUAAGUCUUGUUUAAUAUAAUAUGUCAAAUAAAAUUGUUUCUGAAUUUAAAAACUGAAUAUCAAAAUAACUUUUGUAUUUGUUAACUAAUCGUAGUCCUCGAAUAUUUUUAAACCAUUUUCGACAUGAAAUAGAUUUCAAUUAACAAUGGCAGCCAUUGACCUAAAUAUUAAUAUUACUUUGUGAAAUUCAAGUUAAUCCUAAUCGUAUCCUUUAAAUAUUGCCCCAAUUAGGCUUGCUCCACCUAAACUCUCCAUUGUAGGUAAUUGUAGGUUUAUAAUUUAUACCAAGAUCCUUUUUUGAGUCAAACUUAUUUGUUAAUCUCUAAUCAAAAUUUUCCACCACAAAUUUAAACCAAAUAGAGAUUUCAUUAAUUACUUCUAAAACAACUUCAAUAUAAUAUAAAAUCAUAAAUUGUGUAUCCCUUUUACUAUUUCAAUAUUUUUGUGUAAGCAAAACUACAUAAUUCUAAUAAAUUUGCCAACACGGUAUGAAUCGUUCUUUGUGUUGUGUUUUACGUUGGAGCAUGUCACGGUUUUUGUUAUUCCUGUGCAUUAGUACUACUAAUUUAGUAGUAAUGAGGAAAAACGAGCCAUCCAAAAACGUUCUUGAAUAUCACAAGAAACCUUCAACACAGUUAGGUAAUUAAAAUUCUUUGAAUGCUUCACAAUUAUACAUAUAAUAGUAGUAGCACUGCCGAUAAAACCUACAACAUAUUUAUGGUCAUUUGAAGUCUUGAGGUAUAUUUAUAAACUUGAUCUAGUCCAAAGCUGUCACUGAUUAAGUGGAAUGUUUUAUUCAUUAAACAUUAAAUAAUACAAUCCGUAAUUAUGUGAUUGUUGAUUGGAUGUUAUUCUUUAAAGUUCUGCACAUUAUUUUCAAAUAACGGCGUCAGAGCAAUUGAUAAUAUAAGGUCUUACGCACUAAAUAUUGUUGUCUAGUUUCCUCUACGCAACAUUAAAGUUUUAAUUUAAGCAUUUCUUUCUGUGAUAUAGUUAGUGUACACAGAGCACCUUGGUUCUAAUAUUGUUGAUUUUUUGCGUGCUGUAACUUGAACAGAUUUAAAAAAUAGGAAUAUGUAACUGUAAUAGACAACAUGUAGCUUACGAAAAGUAUUUAACUUCAGUGUGUCUUUAGAAAAAUGUAGUGUUAAGAUUAAAAAAAAAAAACGUAGAUGCAAUGUUUGAAAACAUUCGUUUCGACCAUGUCCGAUUGAUUUUAAUAAAAAAAAACUGUUAUUGAUACACUUAAUUUCUUGUCCAAAUGUAAGCUGUUAUGCAAACUAUAAUGGGAACAACGUAAGCUUUACAAAUUCUUUGGAUUUUUGUUACCAGAAAAUGUGGUUGCAUUUUUAAAAUGACUGAUUUAUUCAAGUAUUAUUUUAAAUACUUAUCAGAUUCUAGCAUUUGAAAUAUUCAAUUAUAUCUUACGUUUACUUCACUGCGCUCUAUUUAUACACCGUUUCGCACGUAAGGCGGGCAGUACAACCUCUAGAAGUGACCAGUAACUUCGUUAUUUUAAAUUGAAUUCCCUAUAUAUUUUUUAAAUUUAAUAUUCACCCUUAAAUUCUGUAAACAAUGAUACCCCAUUUGCCUACUCUAAUUAUAACGGAUUUGGCGUUAUUCAAUUUUUUCUAAAUUUUAGUAACAGAUAGGCAUUUUCUUAAAGUCGUCUAUCUCAGAUACUAUUUCUAUCAGAUACUUGAUAUUUUAGCUAAAAAGUUGUAAUUCCCGCCUUACGUGAGACACAAUGUAUAGGUACUGAAUUUUUUACUCCUAAAGUAUACCUUACAAUGAAUUGAACAUAGUUUAUAGAAACAUAAAUAUAACAGAGACAUAUCGCUGUUUUUGCCUGAUAUGUGCAUGUUCCUAUUAUAUCUUGUUCAUCAUUAUUCGUGUUGAAAAUUCCGUACCUAUAACUUUAGUAAAUAGGAUCUGGAGACAGCAUGAAUAACCAAACUGGGUAUCUUAUUUAAUUGAGGGCAGUGAGGUAGGUACAGAUGCAUUUUAUUACAACCAAACUUUACAAUUCGAUUUCAAACAUUCCAUAAAGCAGCUCACAACAAGAAUUGAUUGCAUCAAUCCAGUUUUGUUGUCCAAAAAGAUAAAACAUUCCAGAAAAAAAUACGUCUAAGUUUAGAAUUGCAAUAUGAUCUAGUCUCUGUGGUUUAUUUAUUGCUCAGCGAUAUUAAGGUUUAGUCGUCCACUGACUGUGACUGAAGGAAAGAGAAUGAUAACAAUGAAUUUGAACAUACUUGAAAAGCUUGACCAAGCAGUAACUUUCAAAAGCUAUUGAGUUAUAGCUCUUGGAAUGCUUCAUCGAAUUUUUUUUGCAAUUUCUAACUUGAGUUCGAAAUUUCUUCGAUUUAAAACUUUAGCUAAUCUUAGCUUAUAUUUACGCUAUGUAAGUAUUCUGUGUAAAAUAGAACUUUUCUAGUAAACUCUUUCAAACAUUUUUACAUUGUAAUAUUAGCGUUUCCAUUAGCAACCGUAUGUUUAGAACUCGUAUCCUUAUAAAUUCGGUUUAAGUAUUUAGUUUUUAUGAUAGAAAAAAUCAACGAAGUUAUAUUUAGGUAACCUGGAAAAUUAUUAUUAGAUAAGAUUUGAUGUUUAAUGAUUCAUUUUCUCGCGUUAUCAGAUUAAACCACUAUUUUAUUAGAAUUUUAGCAUUUUAUAAUAGAUAAUAUAACUAUUGUUUGCUUUUUUUUUUUUCGAGAUAAAUAGAAGUGUUCAUUGUUACUUUCCUAAGAAUUGUUAAAUCCCUUUGAUUUCGUUUUAAUUCUUCCUGAUAAAUUAUGCGCAAAGUUUUAGCCUACUAAUAUUCUGGUAUUUUUCUCAUACUGGCUUGGACAUUUUGGCAAUUAUCUCUAACCUCUUAAUACCGAAAAAUAAUUUACUAUUGAAAAGAUUUAUGCUCCUUGUUGCACCAUGUAAUGAUUCUGGAAUAUCAUGUCAAUUUGAUGCUCCUUCUAGAACUAGAUUUAGAUCUCAUAUCGGAUUUUAAAAAAUGAACACUUCCAUUAUUCUAGAUUUUAGACCUAUGAAACCAGUAACAACUAGUAGAUAUUUUUUUAAGAAUUUUAACUGCCCAACGUUUAUCAUUCUCAUGCCCUCGUCAGUGUUCCCAGUCAACAAAAUAAAAUACUAGACCUUUUCCUGUCCAAUUUAAAUCAAUCUGUCCAAUUUGUUAUAAAUAUAACAGUGUAUUAUAUUAAUUAUAUUAACCUGACAACUUAAAUUUUUAAUAUAUUAAAUUAUUUGUACAAAAGAAUCAUUGCACGUUCAACUACAAUCAAAUUUAAUCAUGAAUGCUCUAAAGAUACAAAUCAAGAAUCAAGGAGUUUUAAAUUUAUAACAACGAUGUAAAAACAGUGGAUAAGGGACACCAAAUAUCAAUUCACAUAUUUUUGCAUAUUUCAUCCACAUUUACGAAGCAAAAGCAAUAGUAAUGCAGUAAUGAUUCUCCAGCAAUAAAUUAUUAAUAUCUCAUCAAAUUGGUGACUCUUAUAUCACAACACUGACACUGUUGUAUAUUUUAAAAACGCCGUAUAUAUUUAUUAAGAUACAUUUUUGACUGUAACAUAUUAUAAACUUUUUGUAAUGUAUCUCUCAAUAGUUACAAUACUAGAAACUUGAUAUCAUUCUAUUUAAGUUAUAUAACUACUGUAAUGACUUAAAAAAUAUUCGAGCUCUGCAAACAAAGGCUUUAACUAUCCUUAUACACUCUGUACAAGUAAAUAGUCAGAUUUAAAUUGCACCGUAUCUAUUUUCACGUUAAUGUGUAACUAUAUUGAAUUUUCAAUGCUUUCACGCAAUUGAAUUAUUUAUAUUUGUGGAAUACUUUAUUUUCAUAAAGUGUUUUUGCAACUAUAAAUAGAUUUUACCAGAUUGUAAUGUAUAUUAUUUAUUCACAUAUUUCGCGUGAAAGACAAGUUAAUUAUGUUCUCGUUAACGUGAAGGGAGCUACGGUCAAAAUAAUACAGAAGAGGCCAAAAAAGUAGCUACUAACUUUAUUUACACUUAAAAUUAAAUAUAAUAAUACUGUUCUAAAAUAGGUUUAAAGACAGUAUUUAGGACCUAUAGGUGAUUUUAGUAUCUACUUUUAAUUUAGAGGUAGUUUUUUGGUCAUUCUGUAAUAAACUGUACAUUCAAUAUGUAAAUGUAAAUAAGAAGAUCGUUAUAAUUCUUGGUCAUUAUUUUUAAGGAAAAAACUUGCUUUUUUUGUUUUUUUUUUUACUCGAUAUGGGUUUGUUGUUUUUUUUUCUUAAGUUCCAAAUAGUUACAAAUAUUUUAUAUAUAUAUGUGUA